CUAAAAUAUCUCUGGCACGACCUUCUUGUCACUUAAAGGAGCCUCAUAUCAUGUCACUUACGGCAACGCAACCAUGGCCGUCGUUGGAGGAAAUUUAGCGUUAUUACUAGAUGUGAUUUCACCAUGGGCAGUAGUUUUAGAGCGGAAGAUGCGGCCGGUUUCAGUCGACGUCGUUUUGAACCUUCCGAAGAGAGAUCAUCAUCAUCACACAUGCUCCUCUGUUUCUUUAGGGAGCAAAAGCUUCGAAUCGGGCGGCAAAGAGAGUAGGAAACAGAGAGUAGUGACGAGAGGAAAAGCGAAUUCAAAAAUGAAUGGUGUGGAUUUCGAUAGCGAUGAGGAGAGCGGAAGUAAUGGUGAGGGAGAAGAGGAACCAGCGCUGGGUUGGGAAAAGGAGAUGAGGAAGAGAGUUAAAGAGAUUGAGGAGAUGAGAGAGUUGGAGAAGAAAGCUGAAGAGUUACAAAGUAAAGCUGAGGAAACUGAGAGUGAAGAUAGAGAAGAAACUGAAGAAGAGAAAAGGAUGAGAGUGAGAAAAGAGCUCGAAAAGGUGGCUAGAGAGCAAGCGGAGAGAAGAGAAACAGCGCAGUUAAUGUUUGAAUUAGGGCAAAAGGCUUAUGGAAAGGGGAUGUAUGCACGAGCUAUUGAGUUUCUUGAAGCUGCUCUAACAAUCAUUCCUAGGUCUACGCUGUUUGGUGGUGAGAUUCAAAUAUGGUUGGCUAUGGCAUAUGAGGCUAAUAACCGCCAUAAAGAUUGCAUUGCUCUUUACCGGCAAUUGGAAAUGAGUCACCCAAGUAUUAGUAUUCGACGCCAAGCUGCUAAUCUUCGUUAUAUUUUGCAAGCUCCUAAGCUUAAGAUUUCCCAGGAGGAGAUGGUUACCAUCCCAUUGAUUGGUUCUGCUUAUGACAGCUAUGCAGCAACAUGGACUGAAAAAUACAAGGACAAGGAUCAAAGGUUAAGCGGGUCAACAACUAAUCAGCUUCCAUCAUCGAGAGAUUAUUUAGCAGACUUGUUGGUGUGGCGACCUCCUGUUGGGCUGCAGAAAAACACAGCUUUUUGGGUAGCUUUAACUUUAUGGUUGGGGUUGGUAGGAGCUGCCCUCAUUCUACAAAGAUGAAUCAUACUGAACAGACACCAUAUUAUGAUUGUUGGUUGUAGUGUGUUCAUUCUAUUGUUUGUAUGUUGGUCUUGUAUCAUAUUAUCACUGUGACAUUGUUACAAAUGUAUAAAGCAAAAGGAAACGUCUCUUAUUAGGCUUUACAGCUA